AUGAGUGAGAUACACUCGACUAUCCGGCCCAACACAUUUCUCUUUCUGCGUCUGCCGACAGAGACACUGCGACUGAUGGAGAUCAAGCUAAAUACGAUCAUCGACGUCGGCAAGAUCGGCUCGUUUCCCUCAAAUCUCCUCAUCGGUCGUCCUUAUCAUCACACAUAUGAGCUGCUCGAGAAGCGCGAGGGCGAGCAGUAUUCGCGUCUGAGGAUUGUAUCUCAAGCAGAACUCAACGCGGAAGCAGGACUUGGCGAUGCAGUGACGCCGAGCGAAUCGAGAGCCGAGCCAGCGACACCGACAGCGACGGCGACUGAGGCACUACCCGAGAGUUACGACUUGCUGGCCGACGAUGGCAGUGUGCUAAUGAAGAACAACCGCUUGACGAUCGACGAUGCGACGAGACAGAAGCUAACACAUCAGGAGAUUGAGGAUCUGAAGAAAUCGGCAGGGUCGAAAGAGGUGAUUGAAAGAAUCCUGGCAAAUCAUGCAGGGCUGGACGAGAAGACUGCAUAUUCAAAGGCGAAGUAUACUCUACGGAAGCACAAGAAGUACUUGAAGCGGUUUGUGGCAAUGCCAAUGGAUCUGCAGAGCUUGAUGGAGUAUGUUCUGGAGAAGGAGGCAGCGCGUAUCAUGGAGAUCAGGGAAGAGUCCUUAGGCCUGGUGGGGUCAUGGAGCAAUGCGCAUUACAGCGGCACAGAUGGACUGAACACGGGUGGAAAUGAGAAGGACCUGGGUGGCCGAUGGCUCGUCUGCGAUGACACUGGUGGACUCUUGACCGCGGCAUUAGCUGAGCGGAUGAACCUGCUACAUCUACCACAGAAAGAAGAGGCGCAUGAGCCAACGGCAGAUGUCACCAUGGCCGAGGCACCGCAGACUAAUGGAGAUGCUAAGACGACAAGACCAGCGCACAAGGACUUUCCAAUACCCGCCACAACGAACACCAUCACUGUGCUCCACCCAGCAGUACAGCCCAACCUGUCGCUGCUGAAGUACUUUGGCUACGACACCAGCAAUCCGAAUGCGAUGCAAGAGUCUGAUCGUCCUCUACAUACGCACCUCAAGCCACUUUCCUGGCUGCAACUCUUGCAUCCGAAUGAGGAUCCGACAUACACGGAGCCAGAAGUCGUUUCUGAUGCAACCCUGGCAACGUGGAAGUCGGGAAAGCGUGGGACAUACUACAAGAAGCGUCGGCGAUGGGAGCGAUGCCGGACUAUUGUCGACGAGACGCGCGAAGGAGGCUUCGAGGGCCUGGUCAUCGCAUCACAUAUGGACGCAGUCACCAUCCUCGAGCAUGCCAUACCUCUUGUACGUGGAGGCGGACACGUCGUCAUUUACAGCCCGACCAUCGAGCCUCUGGUCAAGAUCGUCGACCUGUAUUCAAAAGAGAGGCGUUCGGCAUACAUCGCACACAUCAGCAAAGGCGAGACGCCUACCAAGGAUGACUUCCCGCUAGACCCACGACUGUUGCUCGCGCCCAGCGUCCAGACAAGCAGGGUGCGAGGGUGGCAGGUGCUGCCAGGCAGAACACAUCCUCUGAUGACCAGUCGAGGCGGUGCUGAAGGCUUCGUGUUCACAGCGAGGAGGGUCAUACCACUUGAAGGUGGCGUUGAGGCUCGAGGCAACUUCGGGUCCAAGAAGCGAAAGACUGAGAAGCAGGCGAUGGAAAUUGAUGACAAAGUGGCCCAGGCCAGCCCAGCGCCGGUCAACGCACUAUUCAACACAGCAGAAGAGGCUGCCGAGACGUAG